ACCCGGUCGAAAAAUAAGGGUGCACAGUGUGCCACCAAUAGUUGUACGGUAUUUCACGGCGAUUUUAUGAAAAUAUCUCGUUUGCUCUUCUAGUUUUAAAUGAAGACUACUUUUUGAAAACAUGAAAACACCCCAUCAGAAACGCGUCUAUCCUAAACUGCCUGUGUGGAUUGUGGAGGAUCAUCAUGAGGUUGUGCAACACGUAUAUCGUGCCAUUGGCUCUAAACAUAUUCCAAUGAAGGGUAUUAAGAUGGUCCAUUUGGACUCCCACCCAGACCUUCUCAUUCCUGUCAAUAUGCCUGCUGAUACUGUAUAUGACAAAGAGACACUGCUCAGCGAGCUGAGCAUUGAGAAUUGGAUUAUGCCGAUGGUCUAUGCCGGACACGUAUCCCACGUUGCCUGGCUGCAUCCUUACUGGGCUCAGCAAAUCAAAGAAGGGGAGCACAUCAUGUGUGUAGGGAGAGAUACAUCCACUACCACCAUAAGAGUCACUAGCACAGACGAUUACUUUUUGAGUGACGCGCUUUAUGUUCCACUGGAUCAACUUGAAAACCCAAAAGAAUUAUAUUUACACGUCAUUAGAGUGAAUCCUGUCAACACUUUUGAGAAAAAAGAGAGUGAAAAUGGACAAAGCAGUGCUAAAAUGCCUAAAGCUUCACCAGGAGCUGCACAUUUGGAUGAUGCUAAGCAAUCAAUAAUAGACACCCCGUGUACUUCUUCUGAUCAACCACCUGGUGGCAGCACUGCACCAGAAAACAUCAGUGACGCUGUUGUGAAGACUGAUGAGGGGUCAACAAGCUACAUUACGAGCAAGCUUUUAUCAGUUAUUGAGGACGCAGACCCUUUUAUACUUGACAUCGACUUGGAUUUUUUCUCCUGUAAGAACCCUUUCAAGGAGAUGUAUACUCAGGAAGAAUUUGCUCUCCUGCAAGAGUUAUACUGCUUCAACAGGCCACAACAAGAGCAAGAUGAGGAAAAGCUCUCAGAUUGUGUAGAGAGACGCACUCACCAGCUUGAAGACCUGGAGGCUGCAUUUGCCGACCUGCUAGAAGAUGACAGUCAGGAAACUAUAGAACGUUUAGCAGCAAACCUUGGAAUGAAAUCUCUAGCCAGACUUGUACACAGCCUUAAGAAUCGAACUGAAUCACCGGACUAUGAAAUGGUGCAUCAGGCAGGCUUGACCUGUGAUUACUCAGAGCUCCCUCACCAUAUCAGCAGUGAGGAGGAGAUCCAGCAAAUGAUCACGGCCGUGCAGCUCUUCCUAGAAGCUCUGCCUAAACCCACCAUAGUCACUAUAUCCAGAUCCAGCUUGGAUGAGUAUUGCCCAGCGGAACAGGUGGAUUCCAUUCAAAAUGGCGUAUUGAACGUUCUACAGUCCCUCUUCGGCUGCUUGGAUAUUCACAGAGAGUAUCAAUCAAUACCGGCAGAGAGCACAUCACAGACCACAUGAGAAGAGAGGUUAAAAUUCAGCAGCGGCCGUGUCAUGUUUCCCAUCAGGCCUCAUCGAGAGCGUGUGCGACUGUGGUGUUUUGUUAUCUGUGUGUGCAGAGGAGAAGGAGGUUUCAGGCUGCUUUUUAGUUGAUUUACUCGCCCUCAUGUUGUUCCAAACCCAUGCUGAUUUUUUUCUGUGGAACGCAAAAGUAAUACGAAAUGUUCAAAGUCAAUAGUCUGCUUCUAAAAGUUUCGGAAUAGUAGCCCGUGUUUGCAGUCAGAAUAAAAAAAUGAUGCUAAAGUUAAAAUGUGACAUUUUUAAAAAAUCGUCUUUUGGAACAUCUGGUUGCUGUGAACUGGGUAUUAAAAGAAUAGUUCACCUUUAAAAUGAACAUUCUGUCAUUAUUUACACACCCUCUUGUCAUUUUAAACCUCUAUGACUUUCUUUCGUCUGCAGAACACAAUUGGUAAUCGAAAACCAUUGGUCCCCAUUGACUUGCAUUGGUUUUGUGUCCAUACAAUAGAAGUCAAUAUGGACCAACGGUUUUUGGUUACCAACAUUUUUCUAAUUAUCUUAUUUUGUGUUUUGCAGAAGAAAGAACAUCACACAGGUUUGAAAUGACAGCAGGGUGAGUAAAUGAUGACAGAGUUUUCAUUUUGAAUGUGAACUAUUUCUUUAAGAGCCGUGUAUCAACAUUUCUACUUUUGUUUCACAGAAAAGUAACCUCAGCUUAAAUUAUUUUUGGAGUGAAACAUUUCUCUUUUCUUAUAUUUGUCAUGUAGUGCAUUAUUUACAAGGUAUAAAUACAGAAUGAAAUUUGGGGUAUUGUUCAAAAAAGUAUGCUUUUUGUUUCAUUUCCACAGUCAAAUAAACUUAAAUAUGAAUUCAGUGCUGUAAUCUUUCAUGCCUUUGUUUUCAUACGUCACUUUGACGUAUUUGGUGUGAUUUGGGCUGAUACUGUCAAUGCACAUUUCCUCUUUCUAUGUGGUCCUUGUGCCUCGGAUGACUGUCUGAAGCCUGAGGCAGUUACCAAUUCCUCUGCCACCCUAUUUACUUUAUUGCUACAUAUCUGUAGAUGUCUAGACUGCUCAGAAUAUGCCCGACCUGAUUUCAAAUUUUCAACAGUGUACAAAUAGGUCCUGAGGUCUUUUUUACUGCUGCAAGCUUCAGCUGUCUGGAGGACUUUAAUGUUGUUUUUCCCGCUAAUAUAAAAUCAUCCAUUUUAUGGUGUUUAAAUAAGUGUGUAAACAACUUUCCCUAACAGAAUAAAAGUGCAGGAUCGGUGUUUGACAUUGUAUUAAGUCUAAGCUUGUGAUAAGCUGUAUAGAGAAGUUUUGCAGUGAUGGAUACCAAGGACACAGUGGAUGUUGGUUGCAAUUACUAAUUACACAAGUCUCUUAAACAGCACUGGCUGAUCUGUUGUUCGACCAAUCGGUGGAGACGGUGGCUUGAAACAGUAGUUGGUCCUGUGACAAUGAGAUAUUUACAUAACCAUGCUGUCUGCCCUGGAAACUACAGUACAACAGCACUAGCCUGCCUGUAGUAUUGUAGCUCUUAAGGGCUCGGCAUAGUCCAGGCGAAUUGCGCUUUCGUUCUGCGUUUUGGGGUAAACCGAAGCUCGAAAACGUUGAGAGACGGUAUAGUGUUUUCGAACAAUCCAACACCCCUUUGUUUCUGGAGGCGGGGGUUACAUGACGUAUCCACAUAGCAUCUGCGCAUGUGGCCACACAAACAACACACCCACCUAUUACGUAAUGGCCAUGGACCAAUGGUGGCUCGAGGGUGUUUACCGGCCAACACGAACUUUCCCGGAGAGUUCUGUUUGGUUUGCUGCGGCGAACUAGUGAAACGAAUUGUCGUUUGGACCAGAUUUUGUUCGAAAUCAGGUCACAGAUGGUCGUUUUUCGAUUUCGAAUGUAGUAUGCUGAGCCCUUUAGGGUGUGCUUGUUAAAGGCAAUAUGAUCUCAUAUAAUCUGUUAUUAAAGGAAGGUUAAAUCAAUGAAAUUGUGUAUCAACGCGCUUGGUUUGUGUGAAAUUAUGUCAGUGUGUACUGAUUUUAGAGUCUGGAAAUGACAAACAAGCUUCAAAUGCUAAACUAUGCUAAAUUUGCCAGCAAUUAGCAGGUCAAUAACAGUCCUCUUCAGUGUUGCCGUUCUGUGCAAAAACAGCCAUUACUGGUGCAGUUUAUAAAUUCUGAAGUUAGGAAAUAAUACAAAUAAUUAUUUAGUUUAGCUUAGAUAA